UCACCAAAGCGUAUGACGUCUGCUUGUGUCGACCAAAAGUAAUGUGCCUAAUGAGUGCUUCGGGCAGUUUCUCGUAGUAUACGAAGAAAAAUUGGUGAAUCUGACUCUGCGUCACGUCGGCAAGUUCACGAACAGUAAUUAAGGACAAUGGAGUUUCCAGAUUUAGGCAAGCACUGCUCUGAAGUGAGUUGCAAUAGACUGGACUUCCUGCCAAUAAAAUGUGACGGUUGCAAGAAAAUAUACUGCAAGGAGCACUUCAAGUAUGCACAACACGGCUGCAGCGGGAGUGUGGACAUGCAGGUUCCCGUCUGCCCUCUGUGCAACUGCCCGGUACCCGGACGCAGGGGCGACCCACCAGACCGUGCCGUUAGCGAUCACCUUGAUCGUGACUGCCGAGCAGACAACUCAAAGAAGAAGGGGAACCGUUGCGCUGUCAAGGGCUGUAAGCAAAAGGAGUUGAUCCCACUGACAUGUGACCGGUGCAGACGCAACCACUGCCUCAGACAUCGACAUCCAGACGAUCACAACUGCUCGCCCGCGACCCGUGUCCCCACGUGCCCGCCUCAGAAGACCCGGACGUGUACCAUGGAAGAGGACGAGGCUUUGGCAUUAGCUCUACAACAGUCCCUGUACGAAAUGGACCAUCCACAACACAGGACAAGACAGGCCACGACUAGAACCGUCCAGAACAAUCGCCAUCAGGACAAGAACUGCACAGUGUCCUAGCACAUUUUUUAUUUUCUUUUACAAGAUUUGUAGCAAAGAAAUAUUUAUUUACAUUUCUACCACUUUUAUGCAUGUUUGAAUAGGCACGAUUGUAGUCCACGUACAUGGCUUGAAAGUUUAUUUUGGAGAGUAAAAACAUGUAAUAAAACACAUGUGUCCAUGA